AUGAAUGACCAUUUCGACUAUACCGAAUUCAUAACUACUUUUAAAGCUCAGGCUCAAGGUAAAGCCGCGAGUCACCAGUGGCGAUUACGAGACUCAGACGUGUUUUUGAUAGAACUUGAAGAUGCGCUACCAAAGAGCAAUGCUCCAGACGCGAAAACAAUUGACCAGUUCUCUUCUGACAUUGGGAAACUUCGCUUAAAGGUAACUGAAGCAAUGGCUUCCGGACGUUUACCUGCAUACGAUCAAAGGCUUUCUUCGCUGGAAGGUUCACUGGCCAAACUCAGGGCAAACGCGAAGCCCAAAUCCAAGUUUUCGUUCAAAUCGUCCGUCAACGCCAAGCCGGCAUCGCAAGCUUUAAACAAUGGUGGCACACCCACCUCUCCUGGAGCUAGUUUGGUCCCGAAGCGGCCCUCGACUGCGGCCGCUACGGCCAAGAUUAGCAUAAACAACCAUGAUCACAAGUCAUUGACAUUUACCGAUGCCGAAGGGUUGGAUUUAUCAAGUUUAAGCUCAGCACAGAGCGUUGUCGUUACCAUUGGAGGGCUUUCGAAUUGUUUUGUUGAUCUUGCUAGCGGAACACCGCCGAUUGUUAAUGCGUUGCACGUCCAGGGCUUAAAGCGCACUGUGCUCUACGCCGGAAAGAUCCAGGGGAGUGUACUGCUUCACGAUUGUAUUGAAUGCACCAUCAUUGUAUCAACACAUCAGUUCCGGAUGCAUACCUCCAAUGCAACAAAUGUAUUUCUUGAGGUAUUAUCUAACCCGGUAAUCGAGAAAUGCAAUGACAUACGAUUUGGGACCUAUCCACCAAGUGACGGCACGGUUGCCACGAUGGAGCCGUCAAGGCCAGGCAUGUCAGGGGAUAGUUUGCCUUAUGUCGUGCAGGACUUUGACUGGAUGGGCGCCACACCAUCACCCCACUGGUCCACAAUUGGUUCAGCUACCUUUCAUCUGCCCAUCACCGCAUCUGAUGGCACCUUUGAUUCUUUACUCGGUAAACUUCUGCCGCAGAUCGCUUCAAGUAAUACUUGUGCUUUAUGA